GACGUGCACAUUUUUUUUUACCAAAUGUGGAGGUAUAAUUAUAGCCUAAUAACCAAAUGUGUAGAAUCAUUCCAAUCACCUUCUAAUAUCGGUUUGUUGAUGACAAAAUAAUGAAAAACCUGUUAAAUCUGCAAUAUGACACAGAACAGAAGACAAGUGAGAGAAUGGCACACGGUGAAACAGUCUGUUAAAAGGCCAGCCAUCCAAGCAAGAGACAGCAGCUCUAUAACAUCAGCUAGCUUAAGCAGAUAAUAGCUCUCAACCAGGAACAGAUUCUAAGCUUUGGUCAGGAGAAGCCCUUAAGAGGGACGGGAAGAAAAAGGAAAGAAAAAUACAUAACAAAGGCACCUAAGACACAACUAGAUGGGAAGUUUCUUUUCAUCAGUUCAUGUGAUCAAUUAAAUUGCACUUCUCAUGCUUUUGUUGACUAAACACAAGACACAAAGAAGAAAGGAAUAAAUCUUUCCCCAGCUAAAAUAUUUAAAAUACUAAUCAAUUAAGUGCUUAUUUAUAUACCAUAAGAUCAAUAAUCUAUAACUUAAAGCCACUAAAACUAAACUGACCUAUUGAGAAAUGUAACUUAUAUCCCAGACAGCAGCAUAGUGUUGGCCCAGAUCUGGCCCGCAUGAAAUCCGGGAUGAUGUGUGCUCUCACUCUCAGACAAAAGUCCAUUUAUUAGAACUCAACAGUUCAGAAACUGAACGCAUCUGUAAUCCUGGCAGUGCUUUUUAGCAGACAGCAAGAAAAUGCAAAAUUUUAAAAGCAAAACAACUGAAAAAUCUAAUUGUACCAGGAGGCCUAUGGUGAGUUUUAUGGUAAAAAAAAAAAUAAAAUAAAAAAUGGCAGAAGUUGCCAAAACUAUGUUAAUCACAUUAACAUAAAAUGCAGUUAGUUUAAUGUGCUAGUCAAGUAGUAGAAAUUGUUGUUAUAACAUAUUUUGCAUGUCAGUCAACUGACUAAAAGCAGUGGUCUAUUUUUAUCUAUAAUCUGCAGCGACAACAGGUUACAAAGAUCAUAGGUAAUUACUGUAAGCUUGUGUUUUAUGUAGGCUAAGUACAAAGAUAACAUACAGAAUCACAAAUAGCAGAAUGAUUCAGCUCCAGGAAUGCAACUGUUUUAUUAGGCUAUGUAUUUUUAAUAACAAAACAACUUAAUGUUAAUUUACAUAAACAGAAACCAUUUUCAAGGGUAGCUUUUAAACAUUCAUAAAGACAAACAAGCACAUACAGUAGCCUAUUAUUGCUGUAAUUAAAGUUAUUUAAAAUAUAACACUAUGAACAUCCGCACAUUUAAAGCUAUAGCUCCCUCUGCUGCUAACAGCUAGCAUUACCUUUAGUUUGAUAUGAAUGCCUUUAUGCAUGUAUAACUAAUAAUCAAUUAAAAAUAAUAAUAAUAAACAUUUUCCACGUGAGCAAAACGACUUCAUGAAAGGUUCAUAAUCGUCCAGGCUUUUAAAACUAAUUAUUAAACUAAAUUAAUUUCUGUGAAGUGAAACAUGCACGCGCUCUACUGGAUCGAUUAUGGCAGUGCAGUAUCAUUGGCGCAGAAGCCUUCAUUUUGGUUGCUAGGAAACAGUCAACAGUCAGAGCAAGUGCGUGUGGACGUCGAAGGAAAUACAGCAAGCAUGCCUAAAAAAGCAGGGAAGAAAGGAGGCGGGAAACUAGUGGGGAUGACAGAAGAGGAGAAGCUUCUGUACAUGCAGCAGAAGGCUCAAGCUGAGGACGAGACGGCCAAGAGGAAAGAGGACAUGCUCACACACUUCCUCAAGGAUAAACUGCAGAAAGAGGAGAGAAACAGCGUACUGAAUCUCCAUAAGCUGCGGCAGCUAUGGCGCUCUGUUUUAACACAGACCAAGACAGCAGAGCUACGCAAUGACAUGUCAGUGCUCAGCCAGAACUUUGAGAGAGUCCUGGACUACAAAGACAACAUCAUUAAGAGUUUGGUGGUUGAUCUGUCUGAGAGGGAGCAGCAGUCAGAGCUGGCACGCAGUUCUCAUCUGCAGAACCUGGACUAUCUGUUAGAGAUCCAUAGGAGUCGGCUGGCAGAACUACAGCUGAACUUCACCACAAAUCUAGAAGAACUUGGUUCAGAGUAUAAUACUGAGAGAGAGCAAAUUGUUUCAGAGCACCAGCAGGAGAGUAUGUAUUUGGAGAAGGUGAUGUUUUCCAUGGAAAAGCAUUAUGCUGAUCUUGACAAUGAGGCUAGACGUGACUACGAGAGCACUCGCAAUCAAAUAAAAAAACAGAACAAAGAGGAUAAGCAAUCAGUGAAAGAUCAGAUGGAAGGGGUGGUGGAAAAACUGUGGCGGGAACUUCAGCAGGUUUUACACCACUACAAUGAGACCACUAAAGACAGAUUCAUCGCAACUGAGUCUCUGCAGAUCAAGGAUGGACAAAGUGCUAAAGAGAUUGACACGCAUAAAAAGCACAUUCAGAAGCUGCAGGAGUCUAUCUUUGCUCUGCGCUGUCAGCUGAGCUCCAGUCAAAGCGGAGUAACAGCUCAGCAGCUUCAUUCAGGCCGUGAAGAGCUCGCCCAGAAAGUUCAACAUUUCAGAGUCCACCUCGCUGAGGGCCAAGCCAUCCGGAGAAAGCAGCUCACCAAACUUACCAUUCAAAGCAGCGAUGCUACUAAAAAACUGCAAGAGAUUGUAGCCAUGGGGGAAAGGUUGAUUCGUCUCUCUGAGAUGUGUAGUAAGAUGGAGACGGAGUAUGAGAAGGUUCUGCCCUUCUACACAUCCUCACUGAGUGAAGAAGAGCUGAAGAAGGAGAGAGCCAAUGCCAUGGAGCCGCCGACUGAGAAACUUGCUCAGCUAACGCUUGACUAUUUGCCUCUUGAGAAGUUCUGGCAACGGUACAAUAAGGUUCAGCUUGAACAUUUGUGUUUGAAGCGAGAGAAAACACUGCUGUUACAGGAAAAUGAACGAUUGAGGCUCUAUCUGAAGCAGUAUCUGGAUGAAGUUUCAGUUUCUGAUGAGAGUUUUCGCCAACAGAAGCUUCUGGUGGUGUUAUCUCCUUCUCUUCAGGACACCGCUGCCACUGAGAGACGCGAUCAGAAGCGCUACGUGGUCCAAGAAGCAGCAAAUAUUGUGCACAAACAGUUUUAGGGAAUAAAAUGCAUUAUGUAAUGCAGAAGUGUUUCUGGUUGCAAUUAAAAUCAAAACAUUUAGUCUGUUUAAUGCAAUGCAAUGAUUUAAUGCAAUGAUCUCAGUGAUUUAGAUUUUAGCACACUUUCCUAACAGCUUAUGUAGGUUACAUCCAGUUGCAACAGUUCUAGAGAAAAAAGUAAGGUUUUUAAUGUCCUUUCAUUGCCUAAAGAUGGCGCCAAAUCAUUGAAGAUUCCAAAAAAUUCCAUAAUUUAUGUGGAGAGUUUUGUCCUCAUUUUGUCCUGUUUUCCAAUAUUCUAAAGCAGAAAUACUAAUCAGCAAAUUUCAGUAUGUUAAUGAACAACAAUAGCAGUAAUUCUGUGUUUUGAAAUUCUAAUAUUGAUUCUAUAGAUUUGCUGCAAGGUUUGUCUGCAUUUUUGUCUGCAACUUCUUAUCAGAUACUGACCUGGAGUGAAUGUUAUCUUUCUUCUUUUACUCACAUUGACAUGACAAGAUUGAUAAAGACGCUAAUCACAAAUUUGCAUGAGGGACUUUAAGCCGAGGCAGUAUAAAUGAAUUCUCUCCACAAAUGUCUUUUACAUCAGGAAUAAAGCAAUUAUACAAUAAAAGCAAUUCAUCUCUAACUCUGGUUAAUUAUUAAUCAAGGAGUAAAGACAAAAAUGACUGAUUGGGAUGAGUUGCAUUUCAGACUCAAUGCUGCAGACAUUUUAGCCCAUAAACAUUAAUACACGUGGUUUAAAUAUUUAGCUGAUUUCACUCAGAAAUCAGUCUUUUAAAUGGUAAUAAUAUUUCACAGAUUUAUGAUAUAUUUCAGCCUUGAGAAAUAUAAGGGAAAACUUUUUUAAAAAAUCUUCCCAAAUUUUAAUUGUGGAGUAUAUUUAAUUGAAACAGGUAAUGAAUAAUAUAUGAUUUCUGAGGCAGAAUGUUUAGGCUAAACAGUGUGUGCAUAAAUUACAAAACCCCCAAAUUAUACAUUCUUGAAUGCUUUGAAAUUCUUCUAAACAUACCUAUAGAAAUACUUUU